GCUGAGCUGAGCUGGGUUCAUUAACUGGUUCAAGUUCAAGUUCAACUCAACCGGCGGAAAACCCCCCAACGUAUUUGUUAAGAAAAAAGGAAAGUGUCUCAUCCUCUUCUCUUCUGUCUAGGGUUUGCGCAAUCAAUUCAAACUCUGGUCAGGCGAGUGGUAUGAGAGCUCGAUUGAGCUCUCAAUCAUCAAUAUUCAAGCUGCUGCAGACUGGUUCACGGGCCACAGGACCGGGGUUGUGCUUUUUCGAGCCAAUUGGGGUUGCCGGGAAUCAGUCAUAUGGAUGAUUUCGGCGAGUCUUCCGUAGAUUCUAGUCAUCGGUUGACAAAUAAUGGGUCUUUCAGCGAAGACGAUCGGUGCCCUAAGCAGGUGUCGCCUCUCCGGGGCGAUGGAUCGAGAAACACGAGCCCCUUAGGCCGUGUAGGAUCAAGGAACACCAGCCCCUCUCGGCAAAAGGUGAUAAAGACCAAGCCCCGGGGUUUAGAUGAGGAAUCGGUCGCUACAUUUGGGAAAGCAGUUCAGCCGCAUGUUCAGAUGGAGGAAAAUAUAUGGGCAAUGCUGCCUGAAGACUUGUUGCACGAGGUCUUAGCCCGGGUUCCUCCAUUCAUGAUAUUUCGGCUCCGUUCGGUAUGUAAACGGUGGAACUCGAUUCUCCACGAUAGCAGCUUCCUGAAGUUUCAUUCGCAGGUUCCCUCGCACGGGCCUUGUCUUAUAACAUUUUGGAAGAAUGCUCAUUCGCCCCAAUGUUCCGUCUUUAGCUUACCGCUGAAAACUUGGUAUAGAAUCCCAUUCAAUUUUCUGCCUCCUUGGGCAUUUUGGUUGGUCAGUUCAUCGGGUGGUCUCGUUUGUUUCUCUGGGCUUGACGGGUUAACCUUCAAGACUUUAGUUUGUAACCCCCUUACACAGACUUGGAGAACUCUGCCAAGUAUGCAUUAUAACCAUCAGAGGCAAUUACUCUUGGUCGUUGAUCGGGUAGAGCGGUCCUUUAAAGUUAUUGCCACCAGUGAAAUUUAUGGGGACAAGUCUUUACCCACAGAAGUAUAUGAUUCAGAACUGGACUGCUGGUCCAUCCACCAGAUUAUGCCGGCAGUUAAUCUUUGUUCUUCAAAGAUGGCUUUUUGCGACUCUAGGUUGUACUUGGAAACUCUCUCUCCUCUCGGGCUCAUGAUGUAUAGGCUUGAUAAAGGGCUAUGGGAACACAUCCCUGUUAAGUUUCCAAGGUCUUUGUUGGAUGGCUAUCUGGUUGCUGGCACUCGUAAACGGUUAUUUUUGGUCGGAAGAAUAGGCCUUUACAGUACCCUUCAGAGCAUGCGGAUUUGGGAGCUGGAUCAUGCGAAAUUCACAUGGACAGAGAUCAGUAGGAUGCCCCCAAAGUAUUUUCGGGCACUUUUGAGGUUAUCUGCUGAAAGGUUUGAAUGUUUUGGCCAGGAUAAUCUCAUCUGCUUCACAUCCUGGAAUCAGGGGAAGUGUCUUCUCUAUGACGUGGAUAAGAAGAAUUGGUCUUGGAUUGCCGGUUGUGCUCUCCAGUCAUACAACAGCCAAGUUUGUUUUUAUGAGCCGAGAUUUGAUGCUUCUGUAUGUUGAAUGAGAACCUCUCCUUCUUUGAGGCUUUUGCUUUGCAACAGAUUUUAUAUUAUGUGAUCCAAUUCUCGGUCCUCACAUGUCUGACUAGUUUCAGUCCUAUGACUUCAUCUUCUAACAACGUAGCUGAUUCAGGCAAGCAAUGAGUUCACUGCCUCGGACCAUACGCUGUACUGAGAUUUAAUAUUGACAAAGCUGGUGGCUAGUUUUGGUAGCAUUGCAUGUACAUGACUUGUAGUUAUUCAAAAUACCUAAGUUCUUCUUCCGAAAUUUAUCGAGAAAUUCCAGUCUACUCCCAUGUGACAGGGGAUGGCAUUUUGGGACAUUUCUCUUCAUAGGUGAUCAUAUGGUAAGACCUAAUAUCUCUUCUGCUGACCCCCGUGCUGGUUUACAUAUUUUAUUAUUAUUAUUUUUGUUUACCCUUGCAUGAUGAUAAUAUGAGAGCGUUCUUUUGAGAGCUGGUUCUGUCAAAAACAGAGGUCCAUAAAACCUUUUGAAAUAAUUUGAGCUUUUUUACCCUAGAAGUCGCCUGGAGUUCGAUUGAUAUCCAAUGGACAGCAAGAACUCAAAACCAUUUUUUAGUUGGUUAUUAUAAGUGACCAUAGUAUCUACUCAUAUGAGUGUGCUUAAGAUUUUAAGCUUGCGAAAUGCAUUGGUUUUGGUGGGUCUUGUGAAAUGCAUUUUGGGGAUCAGUCCAGUAUAGACUAACUUCCUGAAUUAGAACCUUGAAUUUUCUUUGAAUCUCAUUUUGAUUCAUUCAUACCAACUGCAGCCUUCAUUUAGGAACAUCCCAAUCGCAUUGGCUCUGAGAAAUCAAGAGCAUCGUCUAUUAACAAAGUGAUCAUGAAUGUAGGAAUUAGGUCCACGGCAGUUAUGGUGGAGUCCAGUCUCUUAUGUUCAGUUAAUAAUUAAUGCUUAUAAUACCCUUUCCAAUUGCAGACUUGCAGCAAUAGUCAAUUCCAUGGAGUCUAUAGCUUGAAAGUUGGAGAAGAGUCGAGAAUUCUCCAUCGGAUGUUGGCUAUAGGGUAAGCAGCUCCCUUCGGCGCCCGAUCAUCUGUGAACUUAACAAUUUUUGCAGCAUUUUCUCCUUUGUUUCAACGAGUCCUCGAGGCGAUUUGACAGUGAGAUUUAAGGACCUUUGGCUUGGUGAGGCUGGAAACUGGAUUUAGCUUUACAAUAUACAGUUCCCAACUUAUGGAACUCCAACAGGCCGGGACUUAGCAUCGAUUGUAAGAAAUAGUCCCUUUGUACUGUACAGCUGAUGGUUCUAUAUAUUAAUUGAUAUAUUCCUCUCA